AGAACGGCCCGCGCGGCGCAUCCGGUCACGUGGGCGCGCGGUGCCGGAGCGGCGCGAUGCGGGUGAAGGUGCUGAGCCGCAACCCCGAUGACUACGUGAGGGAGACCAAGCUGGACCUGCAGCGCGUUCCAAGGAACUAUGACCCUGCAUUGCAUCCAUUUGAGGUUGCACGAGAGUACACAAGAGCUCUGAAUGCCACAAAGCUGGAACGUGUGUUUGCAAAACCCUUUCUUAGUUCACUUGAUGGCCACAGAGAUGGCGUUAAUUGCAUGGCCAAACAUCCAAAAAGUUUGUCUACUGUGCUGUCUGGAGCCUGUGAUGGAGAGGUUAAGAUUUGGAACUUGACCAAACGACAGUGUAUCCGCACGAUACAAGCCCACGAAGGCUUUGUUAGAGGCAUGUGUGCCCGUUUCUGUGGCACAUCGUUCUUCACUGUUGGUGAUGACAAAACCAUAAAACAGUGGAAAAUGGAGAGCCCAGAAUAUGGAGAAGAAGAAGAACCUAUUCAUACAAUUCUUGGAAAGACAGUGUAUACAGGAAUUGAUCACCACUGGAAGGAGCCUGUUUUUGCUACCUGUGGCCAUCAAGUGGACAUUUGGGAUGAACAAAGGACAAGCCCCAAGUGUUCUCUGACUUGGGGUUUUGAUAGCAUAAGCAGUGUAAAAUUUAAUCCCAUUGAGACUUACCUUUUGGGAAGCUGUGCUUCUGACAGAAAUAUUGUGCUGUAUGAUAUGAGAAAAUCAACUCCAUUAAAGAAGGUUAUCUUGAACAUGAGGACAAAUACACUGUGUUGGAACCCUAUGGAAGCUUUCAAUUUUACUGCAGCCAAUGAAGAUUACAACUUAUAUACUUUUGAUAUGCGCUUUCUUGAAUCACCUGUGAUGGUGCACAUGGAUCACGUGUCUGCUGUCCUUGAUGUGGAUUAUUCACCCACUGGGAAAGAAUUUGUGUCUGCCAGCUUUGACAAGUCCAUCCGCAUUUUUCCUGUAGACAAAGGUCACAGCAGGGAGGUUUAUCAUACCAAACGAAUGCAGCACGUCAUCACUGUAAAAUGGACUUCAGAUAACAAAUACAUUCUGUGUGGCUCAGAUGAGAUGAAUAUUCGCCUGUGGAAAGCUAAUGCCUCUGAAAAACUGGGAGUGCUUGCACCCCGAGAGAAGGCAGCCAUGAAUUACAAUCAGAAGCUGAAGGAGAAGUUCCAGUUCCACCCGCAGAUCCGGCGCAUUGCUCAGCACCGGCACCUGCCCAAGAGCAUCUACUGCCAGAUCAGGGAGCAGCGCAUCAUGAGGGAGGCUCGGCGCCGCAAGGAACUGAAUCGUCGUAAGCACAGCAAGCCAGGAUCCGUGCCCCUCGUGCCAGAGAGGAAGAAGCAUAUUGUGGCAGUAGUGAAAUAAUUGUUUUCACAUGUACAAAAUGCCACAAUGAAAGAAAAAUGUCACAAUUGAAAUAAUACACUGUACAAUUUGAUGGACUUUGGUAAGACAGCAUGUGGUUCCAGAAACAUGACUUUUCUUCCAAGUUUGUUCAUCCUCUUGACUUCUCAAGUCAUCAUCUGUUUUGAGUAGUUAUGAGAAUUUCCCCUGUAACAUUUUUUUGUCAUUUGUCUGAUUUUACUGGCCCAACACUGCAUAUUGCAGUGGAGUUUGACCCUUUUGAUACAAGCAGAUAACUUGGUGGAGAAUAUCUGUAAUUCCAGUUCUAUUCCUUGGUACUGUUACUACAAAAAAGGGAUAAAAUAGGUUAAUACUUGUCAAAGCAAAAAAAAAAAGCUCCACACGGAGUUACAAAAAUUAUUGUCCUUAUGCUGUCGUUUUUAAAAAUUUUUAUUUAAACAGAUUUAAUAAAGUGACCUUUAGCAAUGGACUGGA